GUGCCAUCACCUUAGGCUCGGUACAAAGACCUCUCCCAAACUGUGGUUUUAGCUCCGCUCUUCCUCCACAUAAAAGCCUAUAACAGCCUUCAACGUCCAGCUAACCAACUUCCUACGCCAUAAUGAUCCCUGUGGAGUCGACGGAGCCUGCCACUGCCUCAUUUAAGGAAGUGAUCAAGUCAAAGUCUCCUCUUUUAUCCAAAUGGAGAGAAUUUGCCACAAACACAACUGUCCAUGGGCUUCGAUAUGUCAUCCAAACGUCCCUACCUAGUUAUAGACGAAUGGUUUGGGCACUUCUACUCGUUGCGGCCUCAGGUGCUUAUUUUUACAAUUCAACAAGAAGCUUCAAAAAAUAUUUUUCCAGACCAAUAAAAACUGAAAUUUCGCAAGAAACGCCUCUGGAUGGCUUGAAAUUUCCAGCAGUUACAAUCUGCAAUUUAAAUCAGUUCAUGAAAAUGAAGAUAGACACAACUGACGAGGACGAAUAUUUUGAAAAAUUGGGAUUAAACAUCAGCGGAUGCAGUGAAACACGACGUGUUCGUGGUAAUCUGACAUGUGGCCAAGCUUUAUUAUGCGCUUUCGUUGAUUUUGGUCCUCUUCUAGUGGACAACUGUGACUUUUCAACCAGGCACAGAAUAAUGAGUGUCCUUAAUCACUCGAAACGUAUCUAUGACGAAAAAGAAUUCCUUUCUAAGUAUGGGCAUGACCUCUUUGGCGAUAGAAGCAUGAGUGGACCUUCAAAAUACUGUGUUUUUGAAGACGAGGAACAGAUAAAAUGCUCAGAACAACACUUUGUUCCAAUUGUUACAAAUGGUGGCAUCUGUUACACGUUUAAUUCUGGUUACAAUGGAUCUGCGAAGAUUGAGCUGUUUCGUUCUUUAUAUGAAGGUUCAGAUCUUGGGCUGCCCAUUGCAUUAGACGUUCAAACGAAUGAGUCCACCUUCAGCAGUUCUUCAAGUGGCUUAAGUGUCAUUGUUCAUGACCAGGACACCUUUGUAAACUAUCACUCUGGGUUUAAAGUCCAGCCCGGCACACAUGCGUCUGUCGCAGUCAAGCUGACUCAGUACAAAAGACUCCCAUCGCCCUAUAGAACAAAUUGCAGCAAAGUGGAUAGUUUGGCAGGGAUCAAGUCAUAUACGAAGGAUGGCUGCAUCUAUCAGUGUCGGUCAAAUCACAGCAUGGAUAAAUGCGGAUGCCGACGAGAUUAUGCUUUACCAGAUCUGCGGGGUUUGCCAGUGUGUUCCUUUCAAGACCGUCCAUGUCUUCAAAAACCAAAAAGUAAGGAAACGAUUGUUUUUAAUAAAUCGUUCUCACUCCCCCAGUGACCAGUUACACUCGUCUGUUGGUUCAUUAAUUUGGCCGCUAUUUCACUAAAUUUCAAGCCAAUAUGGCAGCCAUGACAUCGCGUGAAAGCGUUUUACAGAAAAUCGUUAUUUUUAUUGUGAUUCUCUUCUUGAAUUAGAGACGAAUUUAGACUUCACUUGACACUGUACUUGAAUGAACUGGGUGAUUGAUUUUCUCCUAUGUUCGAAGGCGUCACCUUCCUAGAGAUAAUUCUUCACUGGCGACGCCUAUA